UCAGCUUCUCCAGCUGCAGCCCCAGGGAGGGAGCGAGGCUGCACUCAGCCUGAGAGCCGCUGCCUGAGACAGCAGCACACAUUGCUGCUGAGCUGGGAGCUUUUUAAGGAGCUGAAUUCCCAGCCAGAAGCCCCUUGGCUGCUGCUUCUUCUUCUUCUUUUUUUUUUUCCCCAGGGUGGGGAGUAUAGUCUCAUAUUGAAAGAUCUUGGCUGGGUGUCAUCUCCUUUUUGAUUUAAAGUUGUUACCUCCAUGAGAACUGACUUCAAGGUGUUCAUCAAGGAAAGCAGAGUGUUCUCCACGCUGGAAAUGAGAAAGGAUGACAGUUUCUGAGACUGACUAUUAGCGGCUUGGAGGUGCCCCCCCCCCCAUUCAAAAUGCCUUUUAAAGCAUUUGAUACUUUCAAAGAAAAAAUUCUGAAACCUGGAAAGGAAGGAGUGAAGAACGCUGUGGGAGAUUCGUUGGGGAUUUUACAAAGAAAAAUUGAUGGGACCAAUGAGGAAGAAAAUAAUAUUGAGCUGAAUGAAGAAGGAAGGCCAGUGCAGACAUCCAGGCAGAGCCCCCCACUCUGUGACUGCCACUGCUGUGGCGUCCCCAAGCGUUACAUCAUUGCCAUCAUGAGCGGGCUGGGAUUCUGCAUUUCCUUUGGGAUCCGGUGCAAUCUUGGAGUUGCCAUCGUGGAAAUGGUCAACAACAGCACUAUCUAUGUUGAUGGAAAACCAGAAGUUCAGACAGCGCAGUUUAACUGGGACCCGGAGACCGUGGGCCUCAUUCAUGGAUCUUUCUUCUGGGGUUAUAUUGUGACACAGAUUCCCGGCGGUUUCAUUUCAAACAAGUUUGCUGCAAACAGGGUCUUUGGAGCCGCCAUCUUCUUAACAUCGACCUUGAACAUGUUAAUUCCUUCUGCAGCCAGAGUGCAUUACGGCUGUGUUAUGUGUGUCAGAAUUUUACAAGGUCUAGUGGAGGGUGUGACCUACCCAGCCUGCCAUGGGAUGUGGAGUAAGUGGGCACCACCUUUGGAGAGAAGCCGACUGGCCACGACCUCUUUUUGUGGUUCCUAUGCCGGUGCAGUGCUUGCCAUGCCCCUGGCGGGGGUGUUGGUACAGUACAUCGGAUGGGCCUCCGUCUUUUAUAUUUAUGGUAUGUUUGGCAUUAUUUGGUACAUGUUUUGGCUGUUGCAGGCCUAUGAGUGCCCAGCAGCUCACCCAACAAUAUCCCAUGAGGAGAGGACCUAUAUAGAGACAAGUAUAGGAGAAGGUGCCAACUUGGUUAGUCUAAGUAAAUUUAAUACACCAUGGAAAAGAUUUUUCACAUCAUUGCCAGUUUAUGCAAUCAUUGUGGCAAAUUUUUGCCGAAGCUGGACGUUCUAUUUGCUGUUAAUAAGUCAGCCUGCUUAUUUUGAAGAGGUCUUUGGAUUUGCAAUAAGUAAGGUGGGUCUCCUGUCGGCACUCCCACACAUGGUUAUGACCAUCAUUGUGCCUAUUGGAGGACAACUGGCUGAUUAUUUAAGAAGCAGAAAAAUUUUGACCACAACUGCUGUCAGAAAAAUCAUGAACUGUGGAGGUUUUGGCAUGGAGGCAACCUUACUCCUGGUGGUUGGCUUUUCCCAUACCAAAGGGAUGGCUAUCUCCUUUCUGGUGCUUGCCGUGGGAUUUAGUGGCUUUGCUAUUUCAGGUUUUAAUGUCAACCACCUGGACAUUGCCCCCCGCUAUGCCAGUAUUCUCAUGGGCAUCUCAAAUGGAGUGGGAACCCUCUCUGGAAUGGUCUGUCCCCUCAUUGUCGGUGCGAUGACCAAGCACAAGACCCGUGAGGAAUGGCAGAAUGUGUUUCUCAUAGCUGCCCUGGUGCACUACAGCGGUGUGAUCUUCUAUGGGGUCUUUGCUUCCGGGGAGAAACAGGAGUGGGCUGACCCUGAGAACCUCUCUGAGGAGAAGUGCGGAAUCAUGGACCAGGAUGAAUUAGCCGAGGAAACGGAACUCAACCACCAGAGUUUUAUUAGUCCCCAAAAGAAGAUGUCCUAUGGAGCCACCACCCAGAAUUGUGAAGUCCAGAGGAACGAAUGGCAAGGACAGAGGGGGGUGACCCUUGAUGAGGAAGAGCUGACAUCCUACCAGAAUGAAGAGGGAAACUUUUCAGAUACAUCCUAAUGUCUGAAGGGCACUUCUGUCUUCUCUACACCUUAGAACCAGCAAGUAACCAUACCUGUUGCCUUCCCCGUAGCUCAGCUUGUCAGAGGGUCAAAUAUAGGGACAUUGGAGGUGGGGGAGGAGGAGAGGAAUUUAAUCAGCAGUAGAGAAAAGAGAAAUAUUAUCUUGCAAUGACACUUACGGGUAUGGAGCUUAUUCUAAGUUGACAAAAUGGGUACAUAUAUAUAUUAUAUAUAUAUAUAUAUAUAUACAUAUAUUUUUUUUAGUUUUGAUUGGCAAUUGACUCUUCUCUCAAACCACUGAACUUAUUCAGAAGGGAAUAAGAGAGACAAUGAUUCAGAAAGGAAUGAGAGAGACAAUGCCAUGUUUUUUGAAGAAAAUGGGAGGAAAGGGGGAUAUUUGUCCUGGAGCAAAGACAACAGUCACUGCCACUACAUUUCUGAGAACAACCAUGCAGAGGAGGGUUUCCUAUUCUUAGCAAAGACUACUGUUCCUGGAGGCCCUGUGUUGUGCCAGGUGCUUUAUAAACAUUCUCAUUUAAUUUCCACACCCGUGUGACAUAUGUUUCUUAUCCCCAUUUUACAACUAAAGAAACUAAAACAAGAGAUUAACUUUCUCAAGAUCAUUCUGCCAAGGCCAGAGCUGAGAUGGGUGGGGUCCAAAAUGGGUGGCAGUUUUGGUGAAGAAGGUUUCACUUCAGGGUAGAGAAGACAGUUUUAAUAAUGAAAACUGAAAAUGGAGUGGGUUGUCCUGUGGAUAGUUCUCUAUUUUGGCAGGCAUCGGGGAUGGGAAACAUUUGGGUUGAUGUGGCAGAGAACAUUCAAACAUUGGACAAGGGGCUAGAUUCAAAAACCAUUAGGUUCUUAUAUGAUCUGAGGAGUCAAAUGACUCUGGAAAUCCAUAGUUUUUUAAAUAAUAAGGGUCACAGACUAUAUGACAGAUUCAAAGAGAUUAAAGAAAGAGAAAAAGCUAAGCAAGAUAGCAAAUUUUUGGGAAUCUGAUGGUCAGAAUGGCUGAGAAGUAAACAAGGGUUUGGCUAUUAAAUUUCAACCCUUCAUAGUAUCAAGAAUGUUGUUAAAUAGUGUCCUAAAUUACUUAUGAAUCUUUAAGACAUUCAGUAAUUUAAGAAGUUUGUUCAUGCACUUUAUUAGGCAAAAUUCUCUUGAAAGAGUCUUGUGUUUAAAAACAAAAUGUACGUCUUUAGCCAUUUCUGCUAGUGAUAUUAGGAAACUUGAUUAAAUUAUACAAAAUUAUGAGUGAAGUAUUCUUAAUGACUCUAUUUGGAAUGAUAUACAGGGACACCACAAUAAUAUAGCAGUAGUUAUACAGAGAAAUACUAGAAUGAAAAUUUCUGGGACUAGACUCAUAGUGUUGAAAAAUUCAUAUUUGAUUGCA